AUGCGUUACAGAGAAUCCCAUCUCAUCAACGCGCCUCUCGCAGCCAUGCCACGCCUGGCCCUCCUGCCUUGCAACCCCCCUGUCGCUGAUGAGACCUUCGCCCCUCGACAGCGCCUACACAUCCACCCGACGGGCAGGGUAGGUAUUCGCUGCAGAGAGGCCGGCAAUGACGCCCUGUCCAACCCGCUCCCCUCGAACAGCGCCUACGCGUCCGCCCAACGGGGCAGGGUAGGUAUUCGCUGCGAGGGCCGGCGCCGCGAAAAUGAGGCUGUGCUGAGCUGGCUUCCACAUCGACAGCAGGCCACCCUCCCGUCGGCCGCUAGCCACGAAGCGCCUCAGCAAAGUCCCAGAAGGGCCAGGUGCGUUUUCGGCCUGCCCUCGGGCGCAAAAGCAAACCCCAACGAUAGCCCCAGCUGUCUCCCCAAAGGGAGAGGCCAGUAUUCCUUCGGCCUCGAGGGUUGCCUGCAGCGGCUGACAUGUAUACCUUCCACCACCCCAAGCGACCUGGCAUACAUCCUUCGCCUGCCUCUCCGCAAAACCAUCUCGUCGUCUCCUCCAGAUCCCUUUCCGAGCCUCCCAUACCCCGCGUACCACAUCCUCACAUUCCUCGCAGCAUAA